AUGGCCGAGGAUGCUAGAAAAUGGGCGUGUCCCCGCUGCACUUUCGAGAAUUGGCCACGUUCCCUACGUUGCACUCUCUGUGACGCCCCACGGCAGACCUUAUACCAUCCAGUGGAGAACAAGUCACCUUGCAUUGAUACGAGCAACUCCAAGUUGUUCAGCGGGGGUUGGUCUUGCCCCACUUGCACCUAUGACAACUGGGCCGCAUCCGGCCGUUGUACUCAAUGCGGCACCACUUCACCCCUUGCCUCCACCUCAAAGCAGCCCUCUACUGACUACUUACCUUCUUCUCCAUCCCUCACGUCAUUGGGUGUCGUUAAGUGGAUCUGUCCUUCAUGCACUUAUGAAAAUUGGCCGAAAUCCAAGCGCUGUGUCAUGUGUAGAUCCUCUCCUCCACCAUCAUCUCUUGCCUCCUCUAGCAGCUGUACUAUCACUUCCACCAUCGACUGGAUUUCUGCAUGCAAGGCCGUCAUCACGGGUGAUUCUGAUGUUCUUAAAAAGUUUAUUCUCACUGCCGGAUCUCUGUCUCCUCUCUCCUCUCGCCAACUCACCCCACAGGACUGUCAGAUGCUGGAACAGUGGUCAAGUGGCGAGAGUAAUGUCCUCAAACCUGGCCUUUCGCUACUUGACUUAGCGAGAUUCUAUAAUCGGACCGAGUGGGUCAGUAGUCUUUCGGCCCUUUAUCCGACAAGCUCUCUGACAAGGCCAGGUGCCAAGCGUUCGGUCUGCCAGUCAAGCGCUUGUGCAGCAAAGGAGUUGCGGCGACUCUUGGACUCAUGUGUGCGUCAACGGAGGGGGUCAUUUCGCUGCUCCUACCUUAUUGAAUUCGGUACCUUUUAUCUCCCCUCAGAGAUCAGAGAUUUGCCCUGCUCAUCACGGGAGGUGAUGUUAAAAGAGCUCUGUGAUACUGAGGUUCAAAAUGAACUGGAGGUUCGAAGCCAAGUGAUCAAUUGGUGGGUCGUUGAGGGACAACAAAAUCAGCCUACCAGUCGACUUCUAGCCCUAUGGAAUCGAACUGACGGUGAUUGCUUGCUGGAUAGCCUUAUGCAGGCCUGCUGGGGAGUGUUCGACCAGCAGAGUACCUUGCGUCAUGCGUUGACCGAGAGCAUAAGAGCUUGCGAGGGGCAGUUCUACCGAAUCUGGCGUGAACACGAAGUCCAUCAGGCCGCUAGCCAAUAUCAACCGGAUGAAGAGCAACUCCUUCGAGAUUGGCAUUCUGCUUUGACCGCAGCCAGUCUAACCCGUUCACCUCUGGAGCAAAUUCACAUCUUCGUCCUUGCGCACGUCCUCCGUAGGCCAAUCAUCGUAUAUGGUGUCAAGUACAUCCACAACUACCGCGACGAACCAAUCGGACUGGCAAACUUUGAAGGGGUUUAUCUUCCACUGCUCUGGGAGUCCACCUUCUGCUCCCGCGAUCCUGUAAUCCUCGGCUAUACACGAGGUCACUUCACCGCCCUCGUUCCUAUCGAGCCACCUCGCAAUCCUGCUUCACCCGCAUCUACCUCCUCCUCCUUAUCCUCUGAUGGCUCCUCUGUCACCCCCGCCUCAACCGUUACAUCUACCGCUUCUUCCUCUGCAGCUGCCGCUGUUUCAAAAUCGGAGGGGGAGAUGGAGGAUUGCGCUUCAGCUGAGCGGUGCGAUCCGCUCCACCUUCCCGCUGUCUCUGAAUGCUCGAUCUAUCUGCCCCUUUUUGAUCGACACGGUACUCCGCUGCCGAUCCCCUUCGCCUCAAAAAGUGCUGUGGCCCCAAGCGAUACCCAACUCCUUCGUGAUCGGCUGGAGACGAUGUCGACCCGUCGGGGUCUGCUCCUGGCUCGUCUGUGUCUGCCAACAAGGAGACACUGCUUAGUAGAGGACAUCGUGAGGGACUGGCUUCUCGUUUAUCGCAGGAUGGCUGCAACCACUCCCACGCCUUCUCCUGCUUCUGCUAACGCGACUGAUGCCAGUGGGAGUAACGGCGUGGGGGUCUAUGGUGGACGAGCAGAAAUGAAUGUGUCUCGACAGGCAGCACUCGAGGCGUCUGCAGUGGUGUUUAACGCGACAUCUUUAACUUCAGCCAUCCUCCUGCUUUCGAGGAAAUGGAAAUUGCAAACUCGAGACCGCCAGGCCGCAGAAGACAGAAUUGUCCCCGAUCAGUUGCUCAUGCGCGGCAUCUUCAGCGUGGGUUCUCACUUUUCAGAGACUCAAUUUCAGGUUUUAUCCAUCUUCACUUUUGAAGACACAACCACAUGUCUGGUGUGGUGUGAUUUGGGGCUGCUGCGUUCAUGUGCCCUCCAUCGAACUCGCCGAUCCGAUUGUUAG